UUGUGUCGGCUUAGCGGUGCCGAAUGGGCGGUUGGUAGCCGCCGCCGAGGACUAGGCGGCGGCGGAAGAUGGUGCCGGGGGUCGCUGGCUCUGCUGCUGCCGCCAGCGAAGGAGGAGGCGCUGCCGGUUCUCUGAGUUUAACCAGUAAUGCCAUUCAGUUGCCAAUCUCAAGCAAAGCAAACAUAAACCAGUUUUAAUCUACUUUUUAAGAAAAGUGGUAGUCCUUUUCACAGUGCCUGACGUAACCGUAUCAGAGGGUGAGGUAUAAGCUCACAGAAUUCAGAUAAAUCAUCAUGAAGUUAUAUGUAUUUCUGGUUAACACUGGAACUACUCUAACAUUUGACACUGAACUUACAGUGCAAACUGUGGCAGACCUUAAGCAUGCCAUUCAAAGCAAAUACAAGAUUGCUAUUCAACACCAGGUGCUGGUGGUUAAUGGAGGAGAAUGCAUGGCUGCAGAUCGAAGAGUGUGUACCUACAGUGCUGGGACGGAUACAAAUCCAAUUUUUCUUUUUAACAAAGAAAUGAUCUUAUGUGAUCGUCCACCUGCUAUUCCUAAAACUACCUUUUCGACAGAAAAUGACAUGGAAAUAAAAGUUGAAGAAUCUCUUAUGAUGCCUGCAGUUUUUCAUACUGUUGCUUCAAGGACACAGCUUGCAGUGGAAAUGUAUGAAGUUGCCAAGAAACUUUGUUCUUUUUGUGAAGGUCUUGUACAUGAUGAACAUCUUCAGCACCAAGGCUGGGCUGCAAUUAUGGCCAACCUGGAGGACUGUUCAAAUUCAUACCAAAAGCUACUUUUCAAGUUUGAAAGUAUUUAUUCAAAUUAUCUGCAGUCCAUAGAAGACAUCAAGUUAAAACUUACUCAUUUAGGAACUGCAGUUUCAGUAAUGGCCAAGAUUCCACUAUUGGAGUGCCUAACCAGACAUAGUUACAGAGAAUGUUUGGGAAGACUGGAUUCUUUACCUGAACAUGAAGGCCCGGAAAAAGCUGAGAUGAAAAGAUCCACUGAACUGGUGCUCUCUCCUGAUAUGCCUAGAACAACUAACCAAUCUUUGUUAACCUCAUUUCCCAAGUCAGUGGAACAUGUGUCCCCAGAUACCACAGAUGCUGAAAGUGGCAAAGAGAUUAGGGAAUCUUGUCAAAGUACUGUUCAUCAGCAAGAUGAAACUACGAUAGACACUAAAGAUGGUGAUCUGCCCUUUUUUAAUGUUUCUUUGUUAGACUGGAUAAAUGUUCAAGAUAGACCUAAUGAUGUGGAAUCUUUGGUGAGGAAGUGCUUUGAUUCUAUGAGCAGGCUUGAUCCAAGGAUUAUUCGACCAUUUAUAGCAGAAUGCCGUCAAACUAUUGCCAAACUUGAUAAUCAGAAUAUGAAAGCCAUUAAAGGGCUUGAAGAUCGGCUCUACGCCCUGGACCAGAUGAUUGCUAGCUGUGGCCGACUGGUGAAUGAACAGAAAGAGCUUGCUCAGGGAUUUUUAGCUAAUCAGAAGAGAGCUGAAAACUUAAAGGAUGCAUCCGUAUUACCUGAUUUAUGCCUGAGUCACGCGAAUCAGUUGAUGAUUAUGUUGCAAAAUCAUAGAAAACUCUUAGAUAUUAAGCAGAAGUGUACCACUGCCAAACAAGAACUAGCAAAUAACCUACAUGUCAGACUGAAGUGGUGUUGCUUUGUAAUGCUUCAUGCUGAUCAAGAUGGAGAGAAGUUACAAGCUUUGCUCCGCCUCGUGAUAGAGCUGUUAGAAAGAGUCAAAAUUGUUGAAGCUCUUAGUACAGUUCCUCAGAUGUACUGCUUAGCUGUUGUUGAGGUUGUAAGAAGAAAAAUGUUCAUAAAACACUACAGGGAGUGGGCUGGUGCUUUAGUCAAAGAUGGAAAGAGAUUAUAUGAAGCAGAAAAAUCAAAAAGGGAAUCCUUUGGGAAAUUAUUUAGGAAGUCUUUUUUAAGAAAUCGUCUGUUUAGGGGACUGGACUCCUGGCCCCCUUCCUUUUGUACUCAGAAGCCUCGAAAGUUUGACUGUGAACUUCCAGAUAUUUCAUUAAAAGAUUUACAGUUUCUGCAAUCAUUUUGUCCUUCGGAAGUUCAGCCAUUCCUCAGGGUUCCCUUACUUUGUGAUUUUGAACCUCUACACCAGCAUGUACUUGCUCUACAUAAUUUGGUAAAAGCAGCACAAAGUUUGGAUGAAAUGUCACAGACCAUUACAGAUCUACUGAGUGAACAAAAGGCAUCUGUGAGUCAGACAUCCCCACAGUCUGCUUCUUCACCAAGGAUGGAAAGUACAGCAGGAAUUACAACUACUACCUCACCGAGAACUCCUCCACCGCUGACUGUUCAGGAUCCCUUAUGUCCUGCAGUUUGUCCCUUAGAAGAAUUAUCUCCAGAUAGCAUUGAUGCACAUACAUUUGAUUUUGAAACUAUUCCCCAUCCAAACAUAGAACAGACUAUUCACCAAGUUUCUUUAGACUUGGAUUCAUUAGCAGAAAGUCCUGAAUCAGAUUUUAUGUCUGCUGUGAAUGAGUUUGUAAUAGAAGAAAAUCUGUCAUCUCCUAAUCCUAUAAGUGAUCCACAAAGCCCAGAAAUGAUGGUGGAAUCACUUUAUUCAUCAGUUAUCAAUGCAAUAGACAGUAGACGUAUGCAGGAUACAAAUGUAUGUGGUAAGGAGAAUUUUGGAGAUCAUGCUUCUCUGAAUGUCCAGUUAGAAAGAUGUAGAGUUGUUGCCCAAGACUCUCACUUCAGUAUACAAACCAUUAGGGAAGACCUUUGCCACUUUAGAACAUUUGUACAAAAAGAACAGUGUGACUUCUCAAAUUCAUUAAAAUGUACAGCAGUAGAAAUAAGAAACAUUAUUGAAAAAGUAAAAUGUUCUCUGGAAAUAACACUAAAAGAAAAACAUCAAAAAGAACUACAGUCUUUAAAAAAUGAAUAUGAAGGUAAACUUGAUGCACUAAUAAAGGAAACUGAAGAGAAUGAAAACAAAAUUAAAAAAUUGAAGGGAGACCUUGAGGAGGUUUUACAAAAUAAAGAUAAUGAAUUUGCUUUGGUUAAACAUGAAAAAGAAGCUGUAAUCUGCCUGCAGAAUGAAAAGGAUCAGAAGUUGUUAGAAAUGGAAAAUAUAAUGCACUCCCAAAAUUGUGAAAUUAAAGAACUGAAGCAGUCACGAGAAAUAGUGUUAGAAGACUUAAAAAAGCUCCAUGUUGAAAAUGAUGAGAAGUUACAGUUAUUGAGGGCAGAACUUCAGUCUUUGGAGCAAAGUCAUCUAAAGGAAUUAGAGGACACACUUCAGGUUAGGCACAUACAAGAGUUUGAGAAGGUUAUGACAGACCACAGAGUUUCUUUGGAGGAAUUAAAAAAGGAAAACCAACAAAUAAUUAAUCAAAUACAAGAAUCUCAUGCUGCAGUUAUCCAGGAAAAAGAACAACAGUUACAGGAAUUAAAACUCAAGGUUUCUGAUUUGUCAGACAUGAGAUGCAAGUUAGAGGUUGAACUUGCAUUGAAGGAAGCAGAAACUGAUGAAAUAAAAAUUUUGCUGGAAGAAAGCAGAGCCCAGCAGAAGGAGACCUUGAAAUCUCUUCUUGAACAGGAGACAGAAAAUUUGAGAACAGAAAUUAGUAAACUCAACCAGAAGAUUCAGGAUAAUAAUGAAAAUUAUCAGGUGGGCUUAGCAGAGCUAAGAACGUUAAUGACAAUUGAAAAAGAUCAGUGUAUUUCUGAGUUAAUUAGUAGACAUGAAGAAGAAUCUAGUGUACUUAAAGCUGAAUUAAACAAAGUAACAUCUUUGCAUCACCAAGCAUUUGAAAUAGAAAACACCCUGAAAGAACAAAUAAUUGAACUGCAGAGUAAAUUGAACUCAGAAUUGAGUGCUCUUGAAAAACAGAAAGAUGAAAAAAUCACCCAACAAGAAGAGAAAUAUGAAGCUAUUAUCCAGAACCUUGAGAAAGACAAACAAAAAUUGGUCAUCAGCCAGGAACAAGACAGAGAACAGUUAAUUCAGAAGCUUAAUUGUGAAAAAGAUGAAGCUAUUCAGACUGCCCUAAAAGAAUUUAUAUUGGAGAGAGAAGUUGUUGAGAAACAGUUAUUAGAAAAAGUAAAACAUCUUGAGAACCAAAUAGCAAAAAGUCCUGCCAUUGACUCUACCAGAGAAGAUUCUUCAAGCUUAGUUGCUGAACUUCAAGAAAAGCUUCAGGAAGAAAAAGCUAAGUUUCUAGAACAACUUGAAGAGCAAGAAAAAAGAAAGAAUGAAGAAAUGCAAAAUGUUCGAACAUCUUUGAUUGCAGAACAACAGACCAAUUUUAACACUGUUUUAACAAGAGAGAAAAUGAGAAAAGAAAACAUAAUAAACGAUCUUAGUGAUAAGUUGAAAAGUACAAUGCAGCAACAAGAACGGGAUAAAGAUUUGAUAGAGUCACUUUCUGAAGAUCGAGCUCGUUUGCUUGAGGAAAAGAAAAAGCUUGAAGAAGAAGUCAGUAAGUUGCGUAGUAGCAGUUUUGUUCCUUCACCAUAUGUAGCUACAGCCCCAGAACUUUAUGGAGCUUGUGCACCUGAACUCCCAGGUGAAUCAGAUAGAUCUGCUGUGGAAACAGCAGAUGAAGGAAGAGUGGAUUCAGCAAUGGAGACAAGCAUGAUGUCUGUACAAGAAAAUAUUCAUAUGUUGUCUGAAGAAAAACAGCGGAUAAUGCUGUUAGAACGAACAUUGCAAUUGAAAGAAGAAGAAAAUAAACGGUUAAAUCAAAGACUGAUGUCUCAGAGCAUGUCUUCAGUAUCUUCAAGGCAUUCUGAAAAGAUAGCUAUUAGAGAUUUUCAGGUGGGAGAUUUGGUACUCAUCAUCCUAGACGAACGCCAUGACAAUUAUGUGUUAUUUACUGUUAGUCCUACUUUAUAUUUUCUACAUUCAGAGUCUCUACCUGCCCUGGAUCUCAAACCAGGUGAGGGUGCUUCAGGUGCAUCUAGAAGACCCUGGGUACUUGGAAAAGUAAUGGAAAAAGAAUACUGUCAAGCCAAAAAGGCACAAAACAGAUUUAAAGUUCCUUUGGGGACAAAGUUUUACAGAGUGAAAGCCGUAUCAUGGAAUAAGAAAGUAUAACUUAUGGACAAAAUUAAUACAUUCUAUGACUUUUUUUUUCUGAUUUGUCCUGCAGUGCUCAUUCAUCACUCCAAAAACAGCAGGCCAUCUUUUUAUGCAAAAGUCAGCGUGACAAUAUGCUUCAUUGGUGUACAUCAUUUACUUUUUAACUGGCUUCAUUUUAGGAAUAAUUAAUUCAUCAAAAUCCUUGGCUGAAUUAAAAUGGUUUUUGUUUUUUGUUUUUACCCAGACAACUCUAGAAAUGCGGACCAAACUAGUUCAUUUUCUCAAAGGGCAUACCUUGUGCAUUGUGGCUUAUGAUGAGCCAUAUUAAUUGCCUGUUAAAUAUACACUAGCUUGAACUUAGAUGUUAAAUGUUAUUAUUACCAGCAUUUGUCCUUUUGUGAAAUCAGUAUCAGAAUACUUGCACUCUUUAACACAUUCUUUAUAAAAUGUAUAAAUUCUUCAAAACUAUUUAAAGAGGAGUGUUAUUGCAUGCAGAUAAUCAUUUUGAGUUUGCCUCAGUAGAUUACUAAAGCAAAUUGUUUCAGUUUUCUUAAAUGCCCUUUGAUGUUUCAAAAAAAAGGAACUGUAAUUUGAUUGACUGAUUUUAAGAUCAGCCAUAAAUAAUCAGCAAUCUUCAAAAGCACUUUCAAUGGAUUGGUCAUCUGGGUUCUAAAGGGAAGAGUCUGUGCUACUAACCAUUUCAAAUGCAGACUCAAACCUUCCCAACAUCUUUAUGACUCUAGAAUAAUCAUAUUGAUGAAAUCGUAAUUCAUGGUUGAGUUUCAGAACAAAAGGUAUUCAUUGCACAUUAACCAUUUAGAGGUCAUUUAAAUAACAAAAUAUUGUAUUGUAAAAGAACUGUACAAUUUUAAAACAAUAAAGAUUUGAACCUGUAAAUGUGUGUGCCUUUUAAAGAAGGAUACAUUUUUAAUAUAUUUGAGUGAUUGCUGGGAAGUGUGAAAAUAUUGUUAUGUAUCAUAUCAAAGAGAAACAUGUUUAUUACAAAAAUGUUCUUUAACUAUAUACUAUGUAACAGGGUAAACAGUGUUAUGUAGAAUAGAAUUGUGUAAACUAGAUCUUUAGAGAAGUUGCCAUUGAGCAAAGUUAUUUAAAUGAGUUAGUUGAGUUGGAUGAGAAUUGUUUGAGGUCUGUUGCUAGAGAACAAUAAUAAAAUAAUUCUUUUUCAGAAAAUAUUUAAUUUCUUCAUAAAAAUAAGUUAAAUAUUUUUUUAAAUAUGUGUAUCUAAUAGUACAAAAUGGAAUAAACAUCAUAGUGUAUAGAAAACUGAAUUUGACAAGUUAAUGAAUAAAUGAACAAAUGAUUUCA